AUGGCUGCCACAAAUGAUACAACGGGGACCGUCCCCCCAAACUCCACAGUCUACGUUCGGAAUCUAGAGGAGCGCAUCAAGAUUGAACAACUCAAAGUUGCGCUGGAAGAGAUUUUCUCAGAGUUUGGCAACGUGGUCGAGAUCGUUGCCAAAAAGAACCUGAAAGCCAAAGGACAGGCAUUCAUUGUUUUUGAUAGUGUUGAGGGUGCCACCCGCGCCAUUGAGGAGGUCAAUGGCUUCGAGCUCUUUGAUAAGCCCAUGGUUCUCGACUAUGCAAAGACCAAGAGUGACGCGACGGUUCUUCGCGAGGGAGGAAAUGAAGAGCUCGAGGCUCACAAACGACGACGUCUAGCCGAGAAAGAGCGGAAACAAGCCCAGGAAGCACUCGAAGCUCAGAAGAAGCUCAAACGUCCCGCCGCCGCGGCGGCGGAUGUUGCGCGUCCAGCCAAGACAACAAAGGGAGCAGGCCUCAAGCCGACUACAGGUGCUGCAGCUGCAGUGGUCCCCGACGAGUAUCUGCCGCCCAACAAGAUCCUGUUCCUGCGCGAAUUACCCGACGAUGCCAGCCAGGAGAGUCUUUCCGAAGUCUUUGGUCGUUUCGAAGGCUUCCAGGAAGUCCGUCUGGUGCCUGGUCGCAAAGGUAUCGCGUUUGUUGAGUACGAGACCGAAGCAGGUGCCAUCAGCGCCAAGGAGGCUACUUCGGGCAUGGCGAUGGGCGAGCAGAACAAACCCAUUCGUGUUACAUACCAAAGACAGUGA